ACUUGGAUUGCUCACUCAUACGAGUACCAAAGAAGAAAGGUUCAGUGGCAGUAGCUAAUGGAGCAACAUUUUAAAAGCUACAUCAUCUAAUUUGCUAACAAGUCCAAGCAUCACCACCUUUGAAAUGCUGUUGGCUGUGAGCUGGAUUGAGCACAGCUUCCAAUACUGCUGACUGCUGUGCACUAAACAUGAUGUUAUCAACAGCAAGCUUUGAAAAUUUUUCCCUAGAAAGGACAAGCCUUGUGAUAUUUAUCUCCUAAGUAACUUCUAAAACUCUCAGAGAGACUUCUAAUGAGGAAUCAAUUAUGAUGACAUAGUUAUGAGCUGAAAAUACAACUUGGCCUAUGGUAGCUGCAAAGGGCUUCUUCCCCAUCCAGAGAAGCUGGACUGACCUGCACCAGCUUUAAUGGAGAAGCAUGGUCUGUGUCCCACUGAAACUCCAGCUGGGAACAAGGCCAGCUUCAGGGAAACAAGUCUGUCUGGUCAGGACAGCCAGGUCCCCAGUUCUGAGGUUCUUGAAGCAAUAGAAAAUGUUAUCCAAGGUGUACUUCAAAGCCUGGCCCAAAGAAAAGCACCUGUUCUCACAGUGGCUAACAGAACAGACUGGAGGAACAUAGAAUUUAAAGAUUCUGUAGGUCUACAGAUGAUACCAGGUUGUACUGCAAAACAAAUAAGAAGUGACUGCCCUCAAUCAGCAAGAAGAUUUGCUUUGAUGCUCAAAAUAUUAUCAAUGAUCUAUAAGAUGGUCCAGAGCAACACUUAUGCAACUAAAAGAGAUAUAUAUUAUUCAGAUACUCUGCUGUUUGGUAGCCAGAGUGUUGUGGACCAAAUAAUCAAUGACAUUUCUUGCAUGCUUAAGAUACCUCGGAGAAGUCUACAUGUACUGUCUACAACUAAAGGUUUUGUUGCUGGUAAUUUAAGUUACACUGAGGAAGAUGGUACAAAAGUGAAUUGUACCUGCAGUGCAACAGCAGUCACUGUGCCAUCUAAUGUUCAAGGAAUUAAAAAUUUAACCUCACAUGCCAAAUUUAUAUUAAUUGUAGAAAAAGAUGCAACUUUUCAGAGACUCCUGGAUGAUGAUUUCUUCAGUAAGGUGUCCCCAUGUAUCAUGAUCACGGGAAGAGGCAUACCAGAUCUUAAUACACGACUUUUGGUCAGGAAGCUGUGGGAUUCUUUUCAAAUUCCUAUUUUCACCCUUAUGGAUGCAGAUCCACAUGGUGUAGAAAUAAUGUGUGUCUACAAAUACGGAUCUGUGUCAAUGUCCUUUGAGGCCCAUCACCUCACUGUUCCCUCUGUCAAGUGGCUUGGUCUCCUUCCAUCUGAUCUUGAGAGAUUAAACAUAUGCAAAGAUGCCUUGAUUCCAUUUACAAAACAAGAUGAAAAUAAAUUAGCAAGUAUUCAGAAGAGACCUUACAUUGCUUGUCAGCCACUGUGGAAAAAAGAGCUGGAUAUUAUGGCAGCAUCUAAACUGAAGGCUGAAAUUCAAGUUUUAACUUCUGUCUCAUCAGAUUACCUGUCCAGAGUCUAUUUACCAAACAAACUGCAGUUUGGUGGAUGGCUGUGAAUGCUGCUCUGCAAAUCCAAUGUUUUCCUACAUAUUGAUUUAAUUUGACUGCACUUAAGAAAAAAAGAAGUGCAGAGACAAAGGAGUAUCUGUCAGUUUCUUGUUCAGUUUCUUUAUCUCUGUACCUAGAGUAUAAUCUUCUCUCUUCCUUUGUUCAAACUAUAAGAGUAAUUAUGAUUUUUGCAGACUACUGCUACUUCCAUUCUGUGGUUUCUGCUGUGAAAAAGUGCCAUAUGCAAGAGUACACAUAGAAAAGAUAAUGAAAUAUGUUCUUUCUGGCCAGAAAAAUGUGAAGUUCAAAAAUGUAUCCAGGAAUUGUUUUGCCUUCUGUCUUAAAGCACUGCAUGAUGCUGUACCAAGCUUUUUGUAGUUGAAGGGAGUGAAAGAUUCGCUUAAGAAUUUAUUAUAUGUGCCUCUUUUUGAAAAUUAUUUUAGGUUUUGUGUUUACUGUAAAAUCAGACUUAAAAGCCAGAAAUAAUUCCUGAUUACUGCAUAUCUCAACAGCUAUAAAACUUCAGCAAUCAAAUUAGUAUUUGUUUUCAAUGAACAAAUAAAAAAAAUAGAUGUUACUGAUUAAAAAUUUAAUAAACAAUGUUGUUAAUAAUGCACAUCAUAACAGAAUCCAUUGUUCAUUUUAUUUAUUUUGAUGUCUGUAAAGAAGUAAAGAGAAGCAGAA